UAUUUAAACUUGCACAAGCACUUAAACGUAUUAUUGAGUCAUCUAUACCCUUGAAAAUAAAAAAUUAGAUCACAGAGCUGUUCAGACUGACACUGUUUUAGGUGAGUAGCGAGGCUAUGGAAUCCAUUUUCUUUUUCAACACCCAAAUUAGAUCACAGAGCUGUUCAGACUGACACUGUUUUAGGUGAUUCAAUUACAUCAAGCUUAGGUCUUUCUCAUGCCUAUACUUUGGCUUCACAUUGACCAUGUGUUCUUGUUGUGUUGUCGUUCGCUAUUUCUCCGAUCUACAGAGUUGAUUCGCUAUUGAAAAUGUACUGUAUGCAUGAUUACAACUGAAUGGUCCAUUGAUUGAGAUGUAAUUUUCUGGUAAUUUCUCAUUUCUCUAGUUUCUGAGCUGGCAUAGUCAUUGAAACUGUUACAAAAUUAAGAUUUCAGUGAUGAAUAUCAUGAAAUCAUCCCCAAGCAAUUACGAAAUCCGUGUCCUCAAAUCUGCAAUUGCUUCUAGAUUUCUACUUUUAGCACUUAUUCUCCUAUGGCGCAGUCUCCUUCACCCCUAUGACACUUCCUCUCCCUUAAACCCUAAAUGUCUCUCCUCAAACUCCACUACCAAUCAUCAUUAUAAGGAUCAUCAAAGUAUUCAAUUUCCACAAAUUGCCUCUGCGAUCGAGGACAGCAUCGUUUGGGAUAGCAUCUACUUCGUUCGCAUUGCUGAAUGUAGUUAUGAGUAUGAGCAGUCCUAUGCAUUCUUGCCUCUCCUUCCCAUUUUUAUGUCUCUUUUAUCCCGUACAGUUUUCGCCCCACUGGUUCCUCUUAUUGGACUUAGGGCUGUGCUGGCAUUAGCUGGAUAUGUGGUUAAUAAUAUUGCAUUUGUGCUUGCUGCGCUCUAUCUUUAUAGGCUUUCUGUCACAAUUUUAAGGGAUCCAGAAGCUGCACUACGGGCUUCUAUUUUGUUUUGCUUCAAUCCAGCUUCUGUUUUUUAUUCAUCAAUAUAUACAGAGAGUUUCUAUUCGCUAUUCUCUUUUGGAGGAUUGUACCACGUACUAUCUGGUGCAAAUAACAUAGCUGUUCUUUCGUUUGCUCUCUCUGGUUGUGCAAGGUCUAAUGGAGUGCUUAAUGCUGGUUAUUUCUGUUUUCAGACAAUGCAUCGAGUUUAUCAUGAUGUGUUUGUGAAAAGACGUGCUUCUUUGGCUAUACAGGGAAUAAUACUUGGAGCAUUGCGGGUUGUUUGUAUAUUUCUUCCAUUUAUUGCCUUUCAAGCAUAUGGGUACCGCAAUAUAUGUCAUGGACGUGCCCCGGAAGAAAUGAAGCCUUGGUGCAAAUCCAAAAUACCUUUUUUUUACAGUUAUGUUCAGAGUCACUACUGGGGAGUAGGUUUCUUGAGAUACUUUCAGUGGAAACAGUUGCCAAACUUUCUGCUUGCAUCUCCGAUACUGUCUUUGGCGCUUUGCUCUAUUAUCCAUUAUGUGAGGUUGCAACCUGGUAUUUUUUUCUCCCUGGGUUUUGGAGCUCUUAGUUCGGGAAAGAGGUCCAGAGAUUCAUUUUCUUCUCAUUCAGUCUCAGGACCAAAUAAAACUCGCUCUAAGGAUUUGUCCACUGAAACACAAGGAAAUCACAAUCUUAGAGAAAGGAAACAAACAGUUAAAGAAGAUAAUUAUGAUGUAAUCCAUGAAGAACAACAAUUAUUCGAGAAGCCGGAUAGCUUUCAUAUAUUCAUCAUUCCAUGUAUUUUACACUUGGGAUUCAUGGCAGCCACAGCAUUCUUCGUCAUGCACGUGCAGGUUGCGACGCGUUUCUUGUCAGCCAGUCCUCCCCUUUAUUGGUUUGCAUCAUAUUUGAUGAUGUCCGGUGGUACUAGUAAAAGAUGGGCGUACAUGAUUUGGGUAUACUCGGCAGCUUACAUCCUUCUUGGCAGUCUGCUAUUUUCAAACUUCUAUCCUUUCACUUGAGCUUAUUAAUGGUGUUUUCUUGUUAAUCAAGAUGAUAGUUUCUCCUGCUAACGAGAUCUUUUCCAUGCUCCAAAGUAAAUUUGACGCCGAAUGGGGUGUGUAUUUGGUUUUAACUGAACUGAACCAAAUCAAAAAUUUCAUACUCGAGAAAGCUAGCUUAUUAUACAUAUACGUGCAGUUCAUAAGGAACGUGCUAUGAAAAUCCUUGCUGCAUUUUGAUAUUUGGUCAAGAAAAGAUGAGCAGCUCUCUGUAAUUGUCCCCUGGGCCCUGCACACCUGUAAUUUGGAGCUCAGUGUAUUUCUCAUCCUCGUGGUAAUAGGCACAUAAAAAGUCUUUUAUUGUAAUAA